AUGGCGAAGCUCCGGGUGGCUUACGAGUACACGGAAGCCGAGGACAAGAGCAUCCGGCUCGGCUUGUUUCUCAUCAUCUCCGGCGUCGUGUCGCUCUUUAUCUUCGGCUUCUGCUGGCUCAGUCCCGCGCUGCAGGAUCUGCAAGCCACGGCAGCCAACUGCACGGUGCUGUCGGUGCAGCAGAUCGGCGAGGUGUUCGAGUGCACCUUCACCUGUGGCGCCGACUGCAGGGGCACCUCGCAGUACCCCUGCGUCCAGGUCUACGUGAACAACUCCGAGUCCAACUCCAGGGCGCUGCUGCACAGCGACGAGCACCAGCUCCUGACCAACCCCAAGUGCUCCUAUAUUCCUCCCUGUAAGAGAGAAAAUCAGAAGAACUUGGAAAGUGUCAUGAAUUGGCAACAAUACUGGAAAGAUGAGAUUGGUUCCCAGCCAUUUACUUGCUAUUUUAAUCAAUUUCAAAGACCAGACGACGUGCUCCUGCAUCGCACGCAUGACGAGAUAGUCCUCCUGCACUGCUUCCUUUGGCCCCUGGUGACGUUCGUGGUGGGUGUUCUCAUUGUGGUCCUGACCAUCUGUGCCAAGAGCCUAGCAGUCAAGGCAGAAGCGAUGAAGAAGCGCAAGUUCUCUUAAGGGGAGUCGGCUCGUGGGAAGUGAAGCCCAGCAGCUGCUCUCGUCUGCACACAUCUACCUGCAGAGCCUGCUUCCCGGCCCAGGAGAUGGAAGGGGCUGUGAGAGGUCUCCGAGAGGCUUCCCCUCAAUGACAGCAGAAGCAGGCACAACUGGAAGACCUGGAACCUCAUCGAUUGUUUUCCACGUGUCGUAGCAAUAGCUGCAGGGUCAAGCUCUGAGCUGUAUGGAGCAUCUGUUUCAGAAGAUCCUAUAGAAGUUAAUUUUCUUCGGGGAAGUAACAGUAUAUAAUUGUACAGUGUAGAAUACAAACUAUUAUGAUUUAUGCUACCUAAAAAUAUUAAAGUAGAGUGGUC